AUGGCCGCCUCUACUAGACAGUUCGCCCGCGCGGCGAUGAGAACCACCGCCAGAAACACCUUCGCUGUCGCCCCCCGCCAGGCCUUCCGCCAGCAGGGCCGCCGCUUCUACUCCUCUGAGCCUGCCGGCAAGUCUGGCAGCUCCACCUGGGUUUGGCUCACUGGUGCCGCUGUCAUUGGUGGCGGAGCAUACUUCUAUACCCGCGAGGGUGGUGUCUCUGCCGGCUCUAUUCCCAAGGUCACCAACCCUACCAAGGCCGACUACGAGAAGGUUUACAAGGCCAUUGCCGACCGUCUCGAAGAGAACGAUGAGUACGAUGACGGCAGCUACGGUCCUGUUCUUGUCCGCUUGGCCUGGCACGCUAGCGGUACCUUCGACAAGGAGACUGGCACUGGCGGCAGCAACGGUGCCACCAUGCGUUUUGCCCCCGAGGCCGACCACGGAGCCAACGCUGGCUUGAAGGCUGCCCGUGACUUCCUCGAGCCUGUUAAGCAGCAAUUCCCUUGGAUCACCUACUCUGACCUCUGGAUCCUUGGUGGCGUUUGCGCCAUUCAGGAAAUGCAAGGUCCCAUUAUCCCCUACCGCCCCGGCCGCAGCGACGGCGAGGCCGCAGCCUGCACCCCGGACGGCCGCCUUCCCGACGCCUCCAAGCGUGAGAAGCACCUCCGCGAUAUCUUCUACCGUAUGGGCUUCAAUGACCAGGAGAUCGUUGCUCUGGCUGGUGCUCACGCCCUCGGCCGCUGCCACACCGACCGCUCUGGCUUCUCUGGCCCCUGGACCUUUUCCCCUACCGUCAUGACCAACGACUACUUCAAGCUGCUUUUGAACGAGAAGUGGCAGUGGAAGAAGUGGGACGGCCCUGCCCAGUACGAGGACAAGAGCACCAAGACCUUGAUGAUGCUCCCUGCCGACUAUGCCCUGAUCCAGGACAAGACCUUCAAGAAGUACGUUGAGCAGUAUGCCAAGGAUAACGAGACUUUCUUCAAGGACUUCUCCAACGUCAUUGUCAAGCUGUUCGAGCUUGGCGUUCCCUUCGCCCAGGGCACUGAGAAUCAGCGCUGGACCUUCAAGCCUACUUGGUCCGAGUAA